CGGUCGGUGCUGCUUCUCUUUGGCUUUUUUUUGCAGCCACCCGUGGUUCAGUGUACUUUCGCUGUUUGCGCAGUGCAGAGCUUUGUUAGUGGAGAUGUCGUCGGUGAACGUUGAUCUGGAGCGAGAGCGGCUGGGGGCCAGCAUUGAGAGCGAGGACUUUGCCCGAUGGUGGGCGGGCGGCAGCGAUAGGCUGGAGGAGCGGCGCAAGCUGGAGCGCUUUGUGUUUGAGGACACCGAGCUGGAGGAGGCAGUGCAUCCCAGCUGCUUGUCGUACAAGGAGCGCUACGAGCAGACCAUUGCCAGAUCCACCAAGUUCCUGGCCAAGCUGCGGCAGUGGCACAGCACCAGCCAGCCGCAGUUCAGCCUCAGCGUCGACUCGCUGCGUGAAUUUCGCGUGCUGCUCUCCGGCCAGCUGGGCACCGCCCUCUUCCAGCAGAGCUUCCCCCUGCGGCUGCACUUCUCCAUGUUCCUCACGACGCUGCUCAGCCAGGGCACCGAGGAGCAGCUGCACAAGUGGCUGAGCCGCGCCUGGCACAUGGACGGCAUCGUCGGCACCUAUGCCCAGACGGAGCUCGGCCACGGCACCUACAUACGCGGCCUGGAGACGCGCGCCGACUACGAUGCGGCGAGCGAGGAGUUCGUGCUCAACACCCCCAGCUUGAGUGCCUACAAGUGGUGGCCCGGCGGCCUGGGCAACACCGCCAACAUGACCAUCGUGCUGGCCCAGCUGUACGUAAAGGGUCGACACCACGGCCUGCAGCCGUUCCUGGUCCGCAUCCGCGACGAGGAGACACACCAGCCGCUGCCCGGCGUGGAUGUGGGCGACAUUGGGCCGAAGCUGGGCGGCAACGGUGUGAACAACGGCUUUCUGGGACUGCGCAAUGUCCGGAUACCGCGCGACCAGAUGCUCAUGAAGAAUGCCCAGGUGCUGUCCGACGGCACCUUCGUGCAGGGCCGGCCGCCGCUGCUGCUCUACGGCACCAUGGUGUACGUGAGGGUCAUCACCCUCAGGGAUGUGCUGCACGGCCUCCUCCAGGCGGCCACCAUAGCCACCAGAUACUCUGUCGUUCGGCGCCAGAGCCCCAUUGAUGAAAAUCAGGCGGAGGUCCAGAUUCUCGACCACCUAACGCAGCAGGCGAAGGUCCUGCCGCAGAUUGCGCGCGGAGUCUGCUACCGCCUGGCCGCCGACUGGCUCUGGAAUUUUUACGCUCGCGUCAUGGAGCAGCUGGAGGGGGGAUCCGGGCAGCAGGCCCUGCCCGAGCUACACGCCCUCAGCUGCUGCCUGAAGGCGGUGGGCACCGACGAGGCCAGCGAGGGCAUUGAUCGGCUGCGUAAGGCCUGCGGCGGUCACGGCUUCCUGUCAUCGGCGAACUUCGACAGCAUCUACGGCAUGGCCACAGCCGCCUACACGUACGAGGGCGAGUACACCGUCCUCCUGCUGCAGACGGCCCGCUUCCUGGUGCGCCAGUACUCGGACAGUCUGAAGCGGCGAGUGCUGCCCGCCAGUGUGACCUAUCUGCGGAACACGGCUCGGCUUAGCUGGGGCAAGCACUUGGCCGAGAAUGCCGCGCGCGCCCUCGAGAUCUCCGCCCUGGAGCAGACCCGCCAGGCCUGGCAGAGUCUGAGCAUGCAUCGCCAGAGGAAGCUGAGCGAGCAGCAGGCCAGCAACCUGACUGGCAGGCAGCUCACAGCGGCCGCCGUCGCCCAUGCCCAUGCCUUCCUCACCCGGAACUCGCUGCAGGAGCUGGAUCGUCUCAGGCGGGGCCCGCUGAGUCCACAAGUCUCCGCAGUGCUGGGCCAGCUGGUGGAGCUGUUCGUGCUGGACACCUUCCUGCGGCAGGCCGGCUCCGUGCUGCGCUGGAACAGCAUCACCGGCACGCAGCUGCUGUUGGUUGAGCGCAGAUUCGAGCAACUCCUUGCAGAGCUGCGUCCCAAUGCGGUGGCCCUGGUGGAUGGCUUCGAUUUCCAUGAUCGCACGCUCGGCUCCACUCUGGGCAGCUACGAUGGACGCGUGUACGAGCGCCUGAUGGCGGAGGCACGCCGCAAUCCGCUCAACCAGGAGCCAGUCAAUGCCACCUUCCGCAGCCACCUGCAGCCGAUGAUGCGGGGCAAGCUGUAAUGGCAUAUAGGCCCAUAGGCAUAUACAUACAUAUAAGAUUUUCGCAUGUACUUUCCUUACUCUCAUAUACAUACGCAUACACGUUCUUUCCUGUGAA